AUGGAUGUUGAUUUUGUCAUUCAAGACACAUUUGCCUUGACUCGACCACAGUGGAAGUUUGCUGCCGACUUUACAGAAGCUACUAAACUGUUUGCGGAGGCGGUUGCACAGAACUACCAAGUGCAAGAGACUGACAAAGCCCCAGAACCAGAAGAUGAGGCAGAGAGCUCAUCGUCUGAUGAAGAUAUUGAAGAUGAUGGAGCUCCUGAUAUCGAAGAGGUCUCUACCGAUGAGGCAGAGGUUACCGCUAACGAGCCAGAUGAUGAGAACGAAUCCGAGUCAGAAGAAGAGCAGAUCUUUGUAUCCCGUCAAGAGGAAGAGCGUGAUCCUGAAGCUGAAGCUGAAUUUGACAGAGCCUUCGAGAAGAUGGUAUCUGAAAGUGUAGAAUCCCGAAAAUUCGAGCGCAAAACUAUGUUCGACGUCCCCCUACCCAUGAGACGUGCAAACCUCCGCGAACCUGCCCAAGUUGAAGAGACGAAAGAACCAUCCCCGACACCUUCCAGCACGAUGCCAUUCUCCCUUAUGACCAAGCGUGGAAACCGCCAGCAGACACGCACUAUCGACCUCCCUUCGGACUCCAGUUUUGCUGUUGCAAUGAAGACCCAGCAACAAGCAGAGCGCGAGGAGCAACAACGAAUAAAAAAUCUGGUUCUAAAUUACGAUCUUGGUGACGACAAUGAUAGCAAUGAUGGUGAUAGCAACAGUUCCCCAACCCAUCACUUUAUUCUACGAACGAACACCAAUGCUAAAGGCUCACUCAAAGGUUCCGACAAGCGAACGUCAUCGCACCGCGAUUCAAGAAAUGAUAAAUCGGCCCGGAGUGGAUUCCGUGCUCGUAAAUUACAACUGAGCGACGUUGACUGGUACGAAUAG